AUGGCAGAAGCCAGAUUUUCUCAGGAUGAGUUGAUGUGUCCAGUGUGUCUGGAUCUGCUGAAGGAUCCAGUGAGCAUCCAGUGUGGACACAGUUACUGUAAGAGCUGUAUUACAGGCUGCUGGGAUCAGGAGGAUCAGAUGAGAGUCUACAGCUGUCCUCAGUGUAGACAGACCUUCAGUCCAAGACCUGCUUUAGCAAGAAACACCAUGCUGACUGAUCUGGUGGAGAAACUGAAGAAGACCAAACUACCUGCAGACUGUGACGCUGGAGCUGGAGAUGUGCAGUGUGACGUCUGUACUGGAAGAAAAUACAAAGCCGUCAAGUCUUGUCUGAUGUGUCAGGAAUCUUACUGUCAAACUCAUUUUGACCGUCAUGAGGAAUUUCAUUCACGUAAGCCACACAAAGUGACUGAAGCCACUGGACGACUGCAGGAGAUGAUCUGCCAGAAACAUGAGAAGCUCCUUGAGGUUUUCUGUCGCACUGACCAGAAAUGUAUAUGUGUGCUGUGUACGAUAGAUGAACAUAAAAACCACGACACUGUAUCAGCUGCAGCACAGAGGACAGAGAAACAGGUAUUUAUAUCUUGA